UAUGUAUGUACACGAUCGAAUUCGAUCGGUCGACUUCUCAUACGUUUCUACUCAACAGGUUUCAUGGUUCAUGCUUAUUUAUUAUAGGAUAGUUUCUCCCAGACCAUAGAUUGUUCAUGUACGAAGAGUGGUAUCGGAUGGCAUAUUCCUUCUCGAAUUCGAAUUCGAUCGGUGCACGUGAUCGCUCCCCUGGACCCGGCCGAACCUAGUUUAACCUCAACUUCGCAGCCACGUGUGGUCGCGGGCGUCGUUUACUCUCGCGCGAAAUUGACAUUCCAACGCAGUAUAAAUACAAUAAUUUUCCGCGUGUUUACAAUUGUAUUGCAAUACGAUGGCUUCACGUGCAAGCGAGACAGACCGAGACAUCGAGAUUGAACUUCUACUCAAUUUCUCCAGAAAUGAAGAUUCGAAUGUGCCACACAAUGUACGCGACGUAUUAAAUGGCCAGUAUGAGAAUGCGAUAAGCGAAGAGCUACCUGCGCUCGUUGACGCAGGGACUGGCGAUAGCUUAGAACAGAUCGUACGUAUCGAAUUAUCUAGAACCCCCGCGCCUUUGUCGUGGCUCUGUGCAGGAGUAGCUGCGUUGUUGCACUUUGUCCAAUGCAACUGGACGGGCCCGCCCACUGACAAGGAUGUCGACUGGUUAAGAGCCAAAAGAGACGAGGCACUCAAGCACUUGUCUCUGCACGACGAAUGUAAUAUAAAUAUACGGAAGCCGGAGCUCCUUUACCUCGCUCAGAAGAUAUUCUCUAACACGGAUCUGCAGCUGAAAUAUCCAAGCUGCGUCUGGUGGCUGUUCAGAGCCACUUUCUUGCAUCAGCGUGUGCUAGAGGAAGACUCGGGGGUGCUGUUCGAAGAGCUGGAGAAUCUAGUAACAAAAAUUCAUCGUCUACAUAUUGUCGCGAAUGAUCCUCUUUGCCGGCUUUUGUUCACACUGGAGGUCGUUACAUUUUACCAAUAUUAUACGAGAAUACAGAACUCUGAGGAGUAUCUCGAGAGUGCGCAGACAGCAGUAGGCAUAAAACUACAUCUGGAAGGUGCGAUGGGAAAGCGCACCAAGUAUCAACAGGAAGAAAAGGCGCAGUUGUACCUCAAGAUUGAGGUGGAGAGCAAUGAUACUUUUCCUUCAAUAGCUUGCAAGGACUUGCCGAAAGCUUUGAAGUUGAACGACGAAGUGAGAUUGGAGGACAUCGAGUUUUCGGAACGUAAGGAAGUGGUUGAACUGGGCAUGAUGGAAGAAGCGGUAAUUUUGGCGAGAUAUUUUCAGUUGCUGCGGAGUCGACCCAAAGACCAUCUUACUGACGAGGAAAUCAAACCCUAUCUGACUAAAGUUAUAGACAGUACAAGAAACUGGACGUUAAAGAUGAAUUCUUUAUGCUAUCGUUGCUUUCUGGAGUCGACUCAUAAGAAAACUGUCGAACGAUCCAUGCUGCAAUUGGAGUUUCUACUGAAAGAUCACAACGACGCGAAAGCACCGGUAGCCAGGAGAAUGGAUCUGUUUUUCGCGAGCGGUAUGAAACCUGUUUGGAUAUUGGAAGAGAAAUGGGCUGAAUUAAUGGUCAGUCUUGGCUUGCUUCACCAAGCGCUGGAAGUUUUCACAAAGCUAAAAGUAUGGGAGCAAGUGAUCUACUGUUACAGCGAGUUAAAUUUGAAGCACAAGGCGGCUGAAAUUAUUGAGCAAGAAAUAUCGAAGAAGCCAACGGUGAAUUUGUGGUGCCUGUUAGGGGAUACAACUGGAAAUGUGAGUCAUUAUGAAACCGCAUGGAGAUUAUCCGGGGAGAGAAGCAGUAGAGUGCAAAGGCAUUGGGGACACUAUUACUUCAACAAGAAAGAUUACGCUGAGGCUAUACCACAUUUGAAGCUGUCAGUCGAACUGAAUAAUAUUCAAACAACCGUAUGGUUUAGACUGGGCUAUGCAGCGUUGCAAGUAGAAGAUUGGAAGUUAGCCGCUACGGCAUAUAGACGUUACUGUGACUUGGAAGAAACUGAAUAUCAGUGUUUCGAAGCGUGGAACAAUCUAGCCAAAGCGUACAUAAAAUUGGGAGACAAACCAAGAGCGUGGAAGUGUCUACAGGAUGCUAUAAAAUGUAAUUACAAUCGUUGGGAGGUGUGGGAUAAUUUAAUGAUAGUGAGCAUCGAUUUGGGGCAUUUUUCAGAAGUUAUUCGAUGCUAUCAUCGUAUCUUGGACCUGAAAAACACCCAUUCGGAUGUUCCGGUUCUUAAAAUAUUAACAAAUGCCAUAAUAAAUAAUAUUAACGACUCGGACGGGAAUCCAGCAUCUCGUUUGCUUAAAAAUACUUUGGAAUUAUUUGGAAGAAUCACCUCGAACGUAGUUAAUAAUGCAGAUCUCUGGAGGAUGUACGCUGAGCUUCUUCUAUUAAGGCAAACGGACGUUGACAACGAGAAAGCGGCUCAAUGUUUACAACAAGCGCAUCGCUUUAUGACUUCAAACUCGGACUGGUGGCGCGACAAAGAUACAGCGCGAAACGUGUUGGAAUUAUGUUGUAGCUUGGCGCAAACAUACUUAUGUUGCACCACUGACAGCUCGAGCGUCAAGAAAAGGAGGAUGUUGGGAAGCGCAAAAUUGUCGCUUCAAGGAGUCGUGAAAAGGAUACAGGCACAAGAGUGGGAUAAUGAAGAUGUCACGACCCAAUUAACGAGGGUUGAACAGUACCUAGCGACUAUAAUAAGUGAAUUAGAACAAAUAAAACAUAUAUAACGAUA